CCAAGUGACAGAGCCUGAAGUUGUUCACAAUGGGCACCCGGCAGAACAGCUGCAUUGUGGUCUUCACCCAAGAUCACCAAUCUGACUUAAGAGUCUUGGGGCCUAGAAUACCAGCUCACUGUAAAAGGUCCGGAUGGAGAAGAUGUGUGCCAGUGAAAAGAAAUACCCACUUCCUCUCUCCUUUGCUUAGGAUCGCUAGGACAAACCACAUUCUGGGCUGUGAGACAAGGCAGGGAGGGACCUGCUUGGGAGAGACUGCCUUCACGGGUUAGUAGAGAGCUAGGGCUGCGGGACAGCACAGAGGGGGCUAUGCCUAGGAACACACACUGGCAUUUCAUUUACUGUGCAUUCAAGAAAGAAGAGCUGCACCAGAAAAACUCCCAAUGGGACGGAAAUAAGAUAAAAAAUGAAGCCUCCAGGCAUGGGAAUUAGAAAAACUGAAGCAAGAAAGAUCUCACAACUCACUCAGCCUGCACUAUCACCACCUAGGGAAGUAGCUCUAUUUCCAUUUGCCUGAUAAUUUGAUUCUCAGAAUUUGUCAUUUAAAAUUUCCUCCUUUUCCUCCCCCUCCUCUCUCAAAACACUGUCAUUUCUACAUCAAAAUUUCCUGUCGGAAUCCACUGUCUCACCUCAGUUCCCACUACUGUAGGUGGAUAUUUUAGCCCCUCUCCUCUAGAUUACUGUGAUAAUCUGCCUUCCCUGGCCCACUCACCUACCUAUAUUCUCUGCCCGCCCUUCUCACCCCUGUGUUGAUAACUUUCCUGUUAAAGCUGUUUGUGGGCAAACUCCAGGACCGCAAAACCACUCCGCACUCCAUCCUGCAGCUGUCUCGAGCCCUGUCCUUACAAUCCCCUCACUACUCCUUGGGACCUUUUUCACAUUCCUGUCCCUUGCUGGAGUGUCUGGCAGCUCUCUGCCCUUCCUAACUUCUGACAUCUAGAGGACUCCCACACAGCGCUCCCUCCGCAUUUGGUACAGUCCUCUCUGCUUCUUCAAAGGUAGGGUGUUUCAUCUCCAUCCCCUAGGGGUGCUCAGGUCCUCCAAAGCUGAGCCGAGCGCGGCCGCAGGGUUCCGGCGGGAGAGGGCGCGUGGUGAGGGGGGCGUGGCCACGCCCGGCUCGCGGGUCAGGGCGUUGUCGUGGUCUGCGCCGGGUCUUCGACGUCGGCGCGGCAACGUGCGUUAAGAUGGAGGUCGGCGGAGAGGAUGGCCCUGUGCGGAAGGACUUGAACUUGCAGUCAUGUCUCAGCUUCCCUCAUUGCUAGGAUUACAGUUUAACACCCUAACUGUACUUCCCAGUUGGCUGCUAUAUGAUGUGUGUGUGCUGAGGGAGCGCUGUGAGAGUGGGUAAGUGCCCAGACCAGCAGGACUGUGUGCACUAGCCCCCUGCUGGCCGGCAGGCUGGGAAACCAUCCAGAGCUUCACCCGCACUUCCCUUGACUCUUCAGCAGCAAGAGGAAACCCAGGCCUCUUUGGAGAAAUUCCAUGGAAUUGUAGUAGGUUCUACUUUGCAAUGUCUCUAUCUGAAAAGCAAAGUGAGAACAAAAAAGAUGGAGAAGAAAAUGAGAGACUUCUGCAAGCCAACAACAGAGAGCUCACCAGUUCUUUUGGAUAUCCAGACAAUGCCAUCAAGACCUCAAAAUAUAAUGCCUUAAACUUCCUGCCCAUGAACCUAUUUGAACAGUUCCGGAAACUUGCAAAUGCCUAUUUCCUAGUUUUGGUAUUCCUACAGAUGAUUCCCCAGAUUUCCUCUUUGGCAAGUUACACAACUGUGAUACCCCUGAUGGUGGUGCUGUCCAUAACAGCUGUGAAAGAUGCCAUCGAUGACUUGAAAAGGCACCAAAGUGACCAUCAAGUUAACAACCGUUCUGUUCUGCUGCUGGUGGAUGGCAGGAUGGAGGAGGACAAAUGGAUGAAUGUCCAAGUGGGAGAUAUAAUUAAACUAAAAAAUAACGAGUGUGUUACAGCAGAUAUACUAUUGCUCUCAAGCAGUGAGUCACACGGUCUGGCAUACGUAGAAACAGCAGAACUGGAUGGUGAGACCAACCUGAAAGUGAAGCAGGCCCUCUCAGUUACCAAUGACUUGGAAGACAACCUGGAGCUACUGUCUACUUUUGAUGGAGAGAUAAAGUGUGACCUUCCCAAUAACAAGUUGGACAGAUUCACAGGCAUCCUGACUUAUAAAGGGCAGAAGUACUUACUCGACCAUGACAAGCUGCUUCUCCGAGGCUGUAUCCUCAGAAACACAGACUGGUGCUACGGCGUAGUGGUUUAUACUGGGCCAGACACCAAAUUAAUGCAGAACAGUGGAAAAGCCAUCUUUAAACGAACGCAAAUGGACCAACUUUUGAACGUCCUUGUGCUCUGGAUUUUCCUGCUUUUAGCCAUCAUGUGUUUUAUCAUAGCAGUUGGUCAUGGCAUUUGGCAGAGCAAGAUAGGCUACUAUUUCCAGAUUUUUCUGCCAUGGGAAAACUAUGUCUCUUCAUCAGUUGUAUCCGCCACACUCAUUUACUGGUCCUACAUCAUUAUUCUCAACACCAUGGUGCCCAUCUCCCUCUAUAUCAGUGUUGAAAUAAUAAGACUGGGCAAUAGUUUCUACAUCAACUGGGAUCGGAAAAUGUUCUAUGCACCAAAGAACACCCCGGCACAGGCCCGCACUACCACUCUUAACGAGGAGCUUGGCCAGGUUAAAUAUGUGUUCUCUGACAAAACGGGGACCCUGACUCAGAACAUCAUGACCUUCAAUAGGUGUUCCAUCAAUGGAAAGGUCUAUGGCAAUCCUGGUGACAAGGCUGGAUCUAAAAUGCCGAGCCCUAAGAAAGAAAAAGUUGACUUCUCCUACAACAAACUGGCCAAUCCCAAUUUUUUAUUUUAUGACAAUACUUUGGUGGAAGCAGUGAAAAGUGGAGAUAAAUGGGUGCACUUGUUUUUCCUCUCCCUCUCAUUGUGUCACACUGUGAUGUCAGAAGAAAAAGUAGAAGGUGAGCUGGUGUAUCAGGCUCAGUCCCCAGAUGAAGGUGCCCUUGUCACUGCUGCCAGGAACUUUGGAUUUGUGUUCCGUGCCCGCACGUCAGAUACAAUCACAAUGGUCGAAAUGGGGGAAACCAAAGUCUACCAGCUGCUGGCUAUUUUAGACUUCAGCAAUGUACGCAAGAGGAUGUCUGUUAUUGUGCGGACCCCUGAGGAUCAGUUAUUAUUAUUCUGCAAGGGGGCAGACACGAUCAUCUGUGAGCUGCUUCAUUCAUCCUGUAAAGACCUUACCAAUGUGACCAUGGAACAUCUAGAUGAUUUUGCCACCGAGGGCCUUCGAACUCUAAUGGUGGCUUACCGAGAGUUGGAUGUCACAUUCUUCCAGGCCUGGAGACACAAGCACAGCGUAGCUUACCUGUCUUUGGAAGAUCGGGAAAAUAAGUUAUCAAUUGUCUAUGAAGAGAUCGAAAAGGACUUGAUGCUGUUAGGGGCCACAGCCAUAGAAGACAAGCUGCAAGAUGCGGUGCCUGAGACCAUCAUCACCCUGAGCAAAGCCAAAAUUAAAAUAUGGGUUUUGACUGGAGACAAGCAAGAGACUGCUGUGAACAUUGCCUACUCCUGUAGUAUAUUUGAGGAAGAUAUGGAUGGGGUAUUCAUGGUGCAAGGCAAUAAUUAUGAGACAAUUUGUCAAGAGCUCAGGACAGCAAGGGCCAAGAUGAAACCUGAGUCUGUACUGGAAUCAGACCCAACAAACAUUUGUCUUCCCAUGAAGCCCAAAAUAGUGCCUGAUGAGGUGCCCAAAGGCAGAUAUGGCUUGGUCAUCAAUGGCUACAGUCUGGCCUGUGCUCUAGAAGAGAACCUGGAGUUGGAGCUGCUGCAAGUAGCCUGCAUGUGCAAGGGAGUAAUCUGCUGCCGGAUGACACCCCUUCAGAAGGCCCAGGUGGUACAGCUGGUGAAGAGGUACAAGAAGGUGGUGACACUGGCCAUCGGGGAUGGGGCCAAUGAUGUCAGCAUGAUCAAAGCUGCCCACAUUGGAGUCGGCAUCAGUGGCCUGGAGGGGAUGCAGGCCAUGCUCAACAGUGACUUUUCCUUCUCCCAGUUCCACUACCUUCAGCGUCUUCUCUUGGUCCAUGGCCGCUGGACUUACAAUCGCAUGUGCAAGUUUCUCAGCUUCUUCUUCUAUAAAAACUUUGUUUUCACCCUGGUGCACUUCUGGUAUGCCUUCUACAACGGGUUCUCUGCUCAGACAGUUUAUGAUAGCUGGUUUAUCGCCUGCUACAAUCUGAUCUACACCUCCCUCCCUGUCCUGGGCUUGAGUCUAUUUGAUCAGGAUGUGAAUGAAACAUGGAGCCUGUGUUUCCCAGAGCUGUAUGAAGCGGGCCAGCACAACCUCUCUUUCAAUAAGAAGAAAUUCAUGGACUGUGUAUUACAUGGGAUCUACAGUUCCUUCGUGCUGUUCUUUGUCCCCAUGUGGACCAUCUGCAGCUCCGAGCGCAGUGAUGGGAAAGACAUCUCUGACUUCCAGACCUUUUCCUUGAUCGUACAGACCUCCUUGAUGUGUGUGGUCACAAUGCAGAUUGCCCUGAAGACCACCUACUGGACAGUGAUGAGCCACCUCCUCAUCUGGGGGAGCCUGGGUUUCUACUUCUGCAUGUUAUUCCUCCUGUACAGUGAUGGCUUGUGUCUAAUGUUCCCCAACAUCUUCCAGUUCCUAGGUGUGGCCAGGAACUCCCUGAGCGAGACCCAGCUGUGGCUGAGCGUGGUCCUCAGCACGGUCCUCUGUGUAAUCCCGACCGUCGGGUACAUAUUCAUCAAGCCGCUGCUCUUUCCCGUCAGCGUGGACAAGGUUUUUGAAAGAAUCCGUCACUGCAUGAAGUACCCGGUGCCUCCCCCAAAGCGGGCCAGAUUGAAGCGCCCCAGCUUCCGCCGCUCUGCCUACGCUUUCUCCCACCAGCAAGGCUUCGGGGCCAUCAUCACGUCCGGCAAGAUGACGAAGUUGAGGUCAAAGAAGAAAGACAGCUUUCUUUUAAAAAGAUAGGGCCGGGAGAGCCCAGAGCCAGCCCUGCUCUCCUUCCUGCGCAGACCUGCAGCUGAGUCAGAAGGGCAGAAAUCAGCAGACUCCUGCUCCUCCGCUGAAGGCUGUACCCUGGCAAAGCAAGACACAUGGGUUUAGGAAAAGCCCAACACAUCGGCCAGACCUGCAGAGCUUUUAAGAAAAAGCCACCUCAUGCUUGUCUCUCACCAUCGCUUCCAAGCUUCAAGCCAGACGAGCAAUGUGGAAGGAGUGGAGAGGGACAGUGUGGGCCUGCCUCCUGCCAGGGGCCGCGUGAGCUCCUGCCCCGCCCGCCUGCCUGGCUUAUCUGGCAGUUUCCAGGGAGUGACCUGUGAGGCCUUGGUAGGAAGAGGAGGCAGCCGCGGAGAGAGGGCCUGAAGAAGGUGAAGGUGUUUCUGGACAAGAAAAAGAAAAGAGAAAAUGGCAGUUCCCACCUGGACAGGACAACUCAAAGUGUUGCCUUCUUCCCCUCUCACUGAUCCAAAAACUGGUCCUGUUCAGCUUCAGAACUGGGGGGAGACGAAGCAGCAAGUUUUAAAAAAACAUUUUCUCGACAGGAUGGAAGCCAUUAUUGGUGAGCAUUUGUCUUCAUGCCAUGAAAUUAUUUUGAUACACUGUAUGUAUGAAUUGUCUCUAGGAAGUCUGUGGAGAAGUAAACUACAUAUUUUGGAGUGGA